CGUCACCAAACCACAUGUUUGCCUAAUCACCAUCUCACCUUCUACAAAACAGGAACACAAGUUUUCCCAACGAUUUAUGGCCUUGGCAUAAAUGUCGAAUAUCCUAUACAUCCCUCACUCUUUGUUAUCGGCUCUAUCUAUAGAGGCUGCUUCAGUCAACGCGUUUCCCUACAGCAUGUCCUCCGUUCGCUCUAUCGCCAGCUCCAACGGCAUCGACGUUGGUCCUCGAUCCAUUUCUCCCAAUCUCAUCGUGCCUCUUCCAUUUCCCCUCAAAGCUUGCAGUAACGGCGAUUCAACCCGUCCUGCUCCAUCCUUACCUGGGACAGAGGGUCGGUCCAAUAACGACGCAGAUACUCCUAGGGCCGAAGACCUCAUUAGCCAUUACCAUCAUCUUGGAGCCCCAUCCAUGAGAUUGUUCCUGGCUUACAUACCUCCAUACGCAUUCACGACUCACUCUGCGGACGUCUUCCUUCACAACCUAAAGGGAAGUCCACAUGCACAAGAGUCCAAAAUCGUCACCGUCAAGCGCUUUGUAAAGAAGAAUGCCACACGGCAUCGGUUUCUCGUGCUACUGAUUGCCCGGGACGGGAUGCCAGCCUUCAGCCUCCGGAUUGACCGCUCUCGAGAUCAUACGCUCCCGUUGCUUCAAUUCGUUCUGUGCCAUGGAAAAUCGGAUGCAGCAGAUACUGUGACGGUGUCUGGGCCCACGCAUCUGCUCUUUGACGGGAGGUCAAAGGAGGAAUCAAUGUUAAAGCUACCGCUGCCGGUCUCACUCCUCGAGUUCAUGAGAAUCCUUGAGGUUGUGUUGGAUGAAUGCCAUUCAUAUAAACUAUUCGGGGAGAACUGCUGGUUUGUCGCCUGGAUUCUUGAAGAAUUAUUGGUGGAUAUGUUCGGUGCUCGCUAUGCAACGGGUGAAGCGAUGCAUCUGCAUUUUGCUAGAAAGACGCGUACUAGGAUUCGGAACAGGCUUGAACUUGUGGAGAAUGUCUAGGUAGCGAUGGACUUGGUUCUAUGCUUGUGUCUACCUGUAUCUAGAG